UUCAAACAACAGAUUUCUCAUUGAUUUAUGGAGUUAAAAGUAGUAUUGUUUGACGGCUUUCUUUGUCAUUUUCUAAUGUGGGUAUAUAUAUAUAACUACAUAUUUGCAUGGGGUGUGUAUAUAUAGAGCUUAAAGUGUAGUAGUGGCUCAUUUCCAAAAGACUAUAUGUGCUUGACAUUCAUAGCUUACAAUAGUCCCAACUUAUCAAUGGACUUUCAAGGUUUUGUUGUUAGUUAUCUGGUUUUCUCCUGUUUUGCAGCAAGUUGCUAUGGUGUCACCUUAUCUUCCCUUCAAAAGACACUUAAAGUCACAGUUUCAUCUCCUAUAGGCCAUUUUCUAAAAGCAGGGGAGGAUGGAAUUACAAUAAAAUGGGAAUACAACCAGACGUUCCCUGCAGGUACAGACACGAACUACAAGACUGUAAAGUUAAAGCUAUGCUAUGGAUGGCCGAGCCAGAUUGACAGACCAUGGCGUAAAACAGUGGACAAUCUAAAGAAGGACAAAACAUGCCAACACAUGAUUGCUGCCAGGCCAUACAUCCCCUCAAACAAUUCGGUCGUUUGGACAAUUGAAAGAGAAGUUCCUUCGGCUAACUUCUUUGUGAGAGCCUAUGUGUUUGAUGGUCAAGGAGUGGAGGUAGGCUAUGGCCAGAACACAGAUGCUAGCAAGCAUUCUGAUUUGUUUACUAUACAGGCGAUCACAGGUCGCCAUGCAUCAAUUGAUGCUGCAUCUGUAUGCUUCUCUGUUUUCUCACUUUUUUCAUUGGCUGUGUUUUUCUAUAUUGAGAAGGGAAAGGCAACACCUUCACAACAAAGGUAAUUGACAAUCUGUAAUUAAUUGAAAACUAGAGAAAAUCUAGUUUGGUUUCUUUCAACUUCAGUAAAAAAAAUGCAGCCUGAAUUGUGUUUUAAGUCAACUUAUCAUUAUGAAAUUCAAACAGCUAAUAUGUUUGUGUAUGGAUACGACUUU